UUCUUCUGCUUCUUGGCUAUGUUUGUUUUGUCUGAAUUUCGAUUCUGAGCACCGUCCAUUAGGGAAAGAGGGAAAAAUCUCUACAAUUGCCCAGAAGCAAUGUUUGGUAGUGGUGGAGGUGGAGGUGGAGGUGGAGGUGGAGGUGGGGGAGGCAGCGUUUAUUGGGGAAGGAAGGGAGAUGAAUUCAAGGGAAUUGUCGUCAUUUUCGCCUGGAUUUCACUACCUGAGAAUGACCUGAAGAGCUACGUGGAUUUGUACUCCUCUCUUGGUUGGAAUUCGCUUGUUUCUCGUGCCGAUUUUCUCAGCGCAUUUUGUCCUCAAAAGGCCUUGUCGCUUGCAUAUAUUAUCCUCAAUGAGCUUGUUGAGGAGCUAAGGAUUAGACCAUGUCCAAUUGCUUUUGCUGCUUUUUCUGGUGGUCCCCAAGCUUGCAUGUACAAGGUUUUCCAGAUCAUUCAAGGAACAUGUGAUGGUGAUGGUAAUCUGGAUGAGAGUCGAUUGCUCAGAAAUUGUGUUUCUGGGCAUAUCUAUGACUCUAGUCCAGUUGAUUUUACAAGAGAUUUGGGUGCCCAAUUUGCUCUGCCCCCUGCCAUUCAAAAAAUGCCUGGUCCAUCAAAACUUGUCUCUUGGUUUGUAAAAGGCAUUACUUCUGGUCUAGAUGGUUUAUAUCUUACCAGGUUUGAAUCCCAGCGUGUUGAGUACUGGCAGACUCUGUACUCUUCAGUUGACUUUGGGGCUCCAUAUCUAAUUUUAUGCUCAGAAAGUGAUCACCUUGCACCCUAUAGAAGUAUCUUCAGAUUUGCUCAAUGCCUACAAGAUCUUGGGGGAGACAUUAAGCUUGUGAAGUGGAAUGUUUCACCUCACAUUGGUCAUUACAAGCAUCAUCCAAUCCAAUACAGGGCCGUUGUUACUGAUUUUCUUGAGAAGGCAGCUUCAGUUUAUUCUCAAAGAAUCCAACAGCUUAGAGAGGGAGUUGGCUUGGAUGGUGUGCAUGAUGAGAUAUCUGAACUAGUCUGCAGCCUCCAGAAAGCAGCAGUUAACUCAAACAAAAGCUUAAGAAGUAUAGCAGUUGGACCAGGUGACCACUUCUUUGUUCCAACUUCAGCAGAAUAUCACAAUAAUAGAGAGUCAGAGCCUUUACAAGAUGGAAGAAAAGAAAUGUCUGUUUAUCUGCCCCCCUCCUCCAGCAUCAAUGCAAAUAGUGUUCUUGGGCAAAUGCUCUUUGAUGUUUGUGUCCCCAAGAAUGUUGAAGGUUGGGAUAUAAGAGUUUCAGGUUCUUUGAAUGGCCAGCCAAUUGCUUCUGCCAGAAGGCACUCACUUAUUCAUGGUAUAAAAUGCACUCGUCGCUCAAGAUUAUAGUUACAUAUGGAUUAAUCUUGACAAGAAAUUCUACCAAUGGCUUUACAUGCAUGCAUCAAAAGCCUGGAGAUCACAAGCAAGACUGAACCCUCCGAAUUCUGCACAAAGAAGAUUGGCAACUGAGUUACAAUGGUGUCAUCUUUUUGACAUUUUAUGUGACAACUUGAUUCUCUAGCUUCUGGGCCAUUACUCUGGCGUUAAGUGUACAGGUAGGAAAAAAAGUUGAUGGCAUGUAUAUAGUGAAAUACGAAGGUAGCUUGGUAUGUACUGCAUGUUAUGGUGGUCAGAUAGGCAACUGUUCCUUCCAAGAGAAAAAUAAAAACCAUGCUAAAAGGUGCCUUAGAAAUGGGUUUUCUUAGUGCCCUAGAUCAAGAUGUUAGAGGAGGUUUCAGUGGAGAAUGUAUAAAUGUCUUUUCGUAUGGGACUCCAGUGGUAGGAUGAAUUAGAAUAUGUACAUGUAACAGGCUGACUCUAUUACCGAGAA